GCCGGGCCACGGACUUCGCCGCGGUCGAACGCGCUCGGCGUCGCCGCGCGUCGGCGAGCCGACGCUGCGCGCUUCGGGGCGAGCGCGCGAGCGAAGCGAGCCCUCGCCCGGGACGUCCGCGUGCGUUGACCGUUGGCUGGCACUCAUCGCUUAGCAAUCACAGGCGUUCGAAAAUCCACGCUUCUCCGCAAUGUCCGCGCGAUGGUGGCCGACGCGCGAACCCCCCGAGGAGAAACCCACGGAGCUGUUCAUGGACCGCACCCGCCGCGAGAUCAUGCCGAUCGCGACCGCGGACCUCGCGCAUCAUCGCGUCGUCGCCGCGGCGGUGUGCCAGGAGGGCUGCUACCCGGACAAAACGCGCGCGCACGUGAACCAAGACACCUUCGUCCUCAACGUCGCGUUCGAGGGCGACGCGAACCAAUGCUUGCUCGGGGUCUUCGACGGCCACAGCGUCCACGGCGAGGACGCGGCGCAGAUCGCGGCGGCGACGUUCCCGAGGACGCUGAAGGAGCUGCGGGCGGACGACGCCUUCGAGAACCAUCUUGGCGACCACAAGCGCGCGUCGCCGCUCGACGGCGACGACGCGGCGCCCUCCGCGUUCGCGACCGCGUUCGAGCGAACGAACGACGUCAUCGUGCGCGAGCUCGGGGAGGACGCGAAGUUGUCGGGAACGACCGCGGUCGUCGCGCACUUGAUCGGGGACAUGCUGCACGUCGCGAACGUCGGGGACUCGAGGGCGAUCUUUGGAAUCGCGACGCCAACGAACGAGAACGACGCCAGUCCUAGGUGGAAGGUCCUACCCGUGACGCACGACCAGACGUGCUUCCGGCACGACGAGCGCGUGCGCAUGAAGAGAGAAGCGACCGAGGACGUCAUGUUUGCGACGCUCGGGAUGAUCCUCGGCGAGGUUCCGUUAAGCGAAGACUUCGGCGAGGAGACGAUCGAGGCCGCGGACGACCCGCCGCGGGUGUUCAAGAACAAUGAGCACUACCCCGGGUGCGCGUUCACGCGGAGUUUAGGCGACACAAUAGGCAAGAGCCUCGGCAUCAGCGCCAAGCCGGAGACGCUGUCGUAUCGCUUGGACGACGCGAGCCGGUGCCUCGUGAUCGCGUCGGACGGCGUCUUUGAGUUUAUGGAAAAUGAAACCGUGCUCGCGAUAUGCGAGAGAUACGAGGGCGACGCGCUGGGGGCGUGCGAGGAGAUCACGCGCGCCGCGUACGCGUCCUGGAGCGAGGAGGACACGCGAGCGGACGACGUCACGUGCGUCGUCGCGUAUUUCACGCCAAAGCCGAGCGCGGCGAAGGCGCCCAUGCCGCCGACGGCGCCGUCGAAAGCCGCGGAGCGCUGGAUGCUCGUCAGAAGGCAAGUGCGCGCGGGGCACACGAAGAAAGAGCCGGGUUUGCGGUUCGCGAACGCGGCGCUCGCGAAAGCGGCGAUACAUCUCCGCACCCGUCGCGGCUCGCUCGCGAUCGAGGAUUUGUUCCCCGGGUUCGAGUGGGACGCGAUGGAGGGCGCGGGGGUCAACUUGAAAGACCUCGUCGACGCCGCCGCCGAGCUCGGCGUGUGAGAGGCGACGAGAACGAGGAGGUCAGCGUAAUCUUACUGUAUGUUGACGUUGUCAACGUUGAAGUUGAGGCGCACGAUCUCGAGGACCGGCUGGGCGGGAUCGAUCGCGAGGAAGAGGAAGGGCGCGGCGAAAUCGCGCCGCACCCUUGAUCAUUAGGAUGAGUUUUAAUAACACGACGCGUUUAGCAUUCGAAACGGACCUGGAGGCGCGUCGGUCGCGCGUCGCCGUCACUAUUUGUGUUGAAGUUGAUGUUGAAGUUGAAGUUGAAGUUGAUAGUUGCGGUGUUGAUCUAAACGAAAGAAGACGUCUGAUG